UAUGCGAAACGGUUCGGGUUAUCCGGAUGACCAACGCGAUCUUGUCAAACCAAUUUUGGUCCAUGGAUGAAGGGAUUAUGGCGCCGCCCCAUCGGCACUUUGACAUGGCGGUGAUUUUGGAAACAACACAGCAUGAAGAAGGGCAAAGAAUUGCCAGUGAUGUCCCUGAGAUGGUGACCGGGAGCAUUAAGAUAUCGGAUGGGAAGAAGGGACUCCACGAGCUGCUCGAACGGAACCGAUUGUGGGCCGAGUCCGUCGUCGAGUCGGCGCCAUUCUUCUUUCAAAAGCUGUCCAAGCAGCAAUCCCCCGAGAUCUUAUGGAUCGGGUGUUCGGACGCCCGCGUCCCGCCGAAUCAAAUUCUGAAUCUCAAGCCCGGCGAAGUGUUUGUGCAUGUCAACUUGGCGAACGAAGUCGUCCACAGCGAUAUGAACUGCCUGUCGGUGAUCGAAUAUGCCGUCGUCCACUUAAAAGUCAAGCACAUCAUCGUGUGUGGUCAUUACGGUUGCUCUGGCGUUAAAGCUGCGCUGAGCCGUCAAGAGUUCGGGAUGGUCGACAACUGGAUCCGCAACAUCAAGGACUUGUACAUUGAACAGCGGAAGAAGUUCAAAGACUUAGGGGAAGACGAAGUGCUGCACAUGCUCACGGAGGCCAACGUUGCCAAAUCGGUGUACAACGUAAUGCCAGAGUCGGAGACUGACGUUCUAAUCGGGAUGUUGUUGUAUGGUUGGUAGGUGUGCCACACUCGAAUCGUACAGAAAGCGUGGAAGCGCGGGCACAACGUGAGCGUGCAUGGAUGGUGCUACAGCAUCGACGACGGCAUCAUUCGCGACCUGAACAUUUGCGUGAGCGAGGACACACAGAUUGAGCCCAUCUAUCGUCGCAUGAUGCAGAAGCGGUCUUCCGUCAUGGGUUUUGACGACAUGACGUCGUCCAAGAUGGCGGAGAUGCUCCAUUCCCUGUCGCACAGCAGUUCCACGGUCACGUAGUGUACAUAAGCUGAUGGAAAUGCCAUCAUCAUCACAAUCGGAAAGUUAAGUCGCGGGGGGGUGGAUUUUGUUGGUCGCUUUUCAUUGGUUAUAAAUAAAGCGAAUUCCACGAUGUGGACCAUUUGGAUUGGCU